AUGUCUUCGGCUACCUUCCACCCGUUUCCGCGCCUCCCAACUGAACUCCAACUCCAGAUUUGGAAAGAGGCAUGUGCUUUGUCUGUCAUCCCUGGACGUGAUUCUUUUGAGCAGGGCGGGUUGCACUAUGUCAACGUUGACACAGUCAAGGUCGGUGGGAGAAAUCGACUUGCCCUUAGGGUCCUCGACAAAAUACAGGAUCCCAACGGCGAUGAGCAAACCCCUAACAACAAUCGCUCAGCCCACAUGUGGGAUGGCGGCCUCUGGUGGGCUUGCAAGCUCUCUAGCGAAUUCAUCACCGAAAAGACAAAUUCCAAGUGGCUUCGGCUUCCUGACUACAGUCAGGACUGUUUUGGACGUCCUGCAACCCUCACAAGUCGAAACAUCGACGAAGGACGAGGGUACAAGGUUUUCCCACGGCGAGACAUAUUCUGCAUCAGGACAACAGACUGGAAAUCCUUGCCGCAGCACUUCGAAGAUUGCGAAACCGGUCUCCCAUCUUUUGAUCAUCUCUCCUCUUCUAUCGUUCUGAACUGCACACUUGCUAUUGAGUUUGAUUCCAGUUGGAUCGUUGAUCUCCCCGAGACACUGGAAGAACUAAAAGCCGAAAACUCAGCUCGUGGUCUCGUGGCAACAUGGAUGGAGAGCGUAGCCAGCGGGUGGGUCAAAACGCCUCGGCUCUGUCUAAUAGACAAGGGCACACUUUUCGUUACAAAGGGACGCAACUACGCCAAUAUCUAUCACGACUGCGACGGCGAGUACGUCGAUAUGCGUUUCGAGUGGUGCAAUGAUGCCAUCUCUACAUUUAUAGAGGCUUUAGAUAACUUCCUCCCCUACGAGAACUAUGGUGACCUAUACGAGAAGAACAACCCCAACAGUUGGGUCGAAGAUCUCCAUAUGUGGAACGACUUCUUCGUCUUCCAGGAGAUCCGGGUCCUCGCGCGUCAUAAACACGCAGAUCAUGAAGAAGUAAGCUGGACAGCGGUCUGCAACGACCUCUCUGACGAUCAUGAAAGGGGCUCGGAAAAGGCUUUAUCAGCUUAUGGUAGGGUUUACGACCUGGAGUAUGAUGAUGAUGUCGGAUACUGCGUUGGAAGUUUUGGAAAUUCCAACAAUUGGUUUUCUUUCGAGAUCGAUGGAAACGGGAUGGACGGCGAAAGAGAACGCGUGGAGUACAUCAAGUACUUGAAGUUGGACUUGGAAAAAAUGGAAACGGAAGUACGUGAUGAGUAG